UUAUUCUCUCCCUGUCCUCUCUUUUCUUUCUCUUAAUUUUGGUUUUUGCUUUUUAACCCAAUACCAGUUUACUCCCUUCCCCUUACCCUCCCCUUCUUUUUCCUUUCAGGUUGAUCUCUUUCUUUUCCCGGAAAAUUAUUUAUUUUUCUCCCAAUUCAAUUUUCCACUCUCCCGGGAAAAUAUUCAGCGCCCAGAAUUACACUCCGCUCUUUCACACCACCGUUGUCUCAUGAUCUUACUCUGCUUCGCUCAACUGGUUUCAUGCCAUCUCAGGACCGCCAUGGGUGUUUUUUGUUUGGUUGGGUGCAUUGAAUUUUCGUUAAUAAGCUUGUAUGAACGGGGUUUUGGGACUGUUUGGCUUUGAGAUUUGAUCUGCGUAUAGUAAAUUUUCAGCCCUCUUUUCGUUGGUAGCCUUUCUUUUCGGUUCUAGAGAUGAAAAUAGAGGUGAAUAUGGGUGGUCUGGCGUGGAAUGAUGAGGAUAAGGCCAUGGUUGCUGCGGUUUUGGGCACAAAGGCUUUCGACUUCUUGCUAUCCAGCUCAGUCUCGAAUGAAAAUCUCUUAAUGGCCAUAGGGAAUGAUGAGAAUUUGCAGAACAAGCUCUCUGAUCUCGUGGACCGACCCAACGCCUCUAACUUUAGCUGGAACUACGCUAUUUUCUGGCAAAUUUCCCGCUCCAAGACUGGUGAUUUAGUUCUCGGAUGGGGAGAUGGGUGUUGUAGGGAGCCUAAGGAAGGAGAAGAAUCCGAGGCCAAGCGGGUUCUCAAUCUUAUGCUGGAGGAUGAGACCCAACAGAAGAUGAGGAAGAGGGUAUUGCAGAAACUGCACAAAUUGUUUGGUGGAUCUGAUGAGGAUAAUUAUGCUUUAGGAUUGGACAGGGUUACUGAUACUGAGAUGUUCUUUUUGGCAUCCAUGUAUUUUUCCUUCCCUCGGGGAGAAGGUGGCCCGGGCCAGUGUUUUGCUUCGGGAAAGCACAUGUGGUUCUCUGAUGCCUUGAAAUCUACAUCUGAGUAUUGUGUGAGGUCGUUUCUGGCCAAGUCUGCUGGUAUUCAGACUGUUGUUCUAGUCCCGACUGAUGUUGGUGUUGUUGAAUUGGGGUCCGUGAGAUCUUUACCUGAAAGCUUGGAGUUAUUGCAGUCAAUAAAAUUUUCCUUUUCGACCAGUGCUUCCUUGAUGAGUGCAAAGCCGGUGGUAGCACCUGUGUCUGUUGUGAUGAAUGAGAAGAAGGAUGAGAAUAAUAACUUCCCUAAUUUGGGGAUUGUUGAGAGAGUGGAGGGAGUGAAAAAGAUUUUUGGGCAAGAUUUGAACAACUCGGGACACAUUCAUCCCAAUUUUAGGGAGAAACUUGCUGUUAGAAAGAUGGAAGAGAGGCCUGCAUGGGAUGCCUCCUAUGCCAAUGGAGGCAGGCUUGCUUUUUCCAGCACUCGAAAUGGUCUGCAUGCCACUACCUGGGCGCAUAUUCAUGGUAUGAAGCAAGGAAGCUCAGCAGAUCUUUAUGGCUCUCAACCUACAGCAAAUAAUCUACAAGAGCUUGUAAAUGGAGCAAGGGAAGAUUUCCGGCCCAAUCAUUUCCAGCCACAAAAGCAAGGGCAAAUGCAGAUUGAU